UUGAAGGGAGGGGGAAAAUCGGGGGUUUGGCACGCAGCUGGGGAUGCUCCGGCCGUCCUGGAAGUUGUCUUUGGCUCUUCUCGCUGCCUGAUCGUGCGCGGCUCCCGGCGCUGCCAGCCAUGCUGACGGCGGGAUGAAGCUGCAGGCGGUGGUGGAGCAGCUGCAGAAGCAGCAGAAGCAGCAGCAGCAGCAACAGCAGCAGCAGCCAGCGGUGCCCAUGGAUUGCCGGGAGCGCCCGGCGCCCUUCCCAAAGCCGCCCUUCCCCGCCCAGCCCCGCGCCGGCCCCGCCGCGAUGUCACCCGCUGUCCCCUCGGCGUGUCACCCCCCUCCCUCCGGCCGGCCCCUGGAGCAGAGCGCCAGGAACUCCGAGGAGGAGGAUGAGGAGGAUGACGAGGAGGAGGAGGAUGAAGAGGAGGACGAAGACGAGCUGGAGGUGCCCGGCCGGGAAAACUGCUCUGCCCUCAAGUAUUUCCGUGCUCCCACGAGCGCCCAUCCCAACCAAAGAGUGGCGUGCAGCCCCGUGGCAGCCCAGCAGGGCAAGGAGGAGCAGGGCAGGGACUCUGCCAAGCACCCCGCAGCCCCGGGGGCACGGCCCCCCUGGCGCCUGGAGGAGCAGCUCAAACAGAACGGCAGCGUGAGCUGGAACGACGAAGGCGACGGGUGCCGGGGACGGGAAAUCUCCCGAGACUUUGCCAAGCUCUACGAACUGGACAGCGAUCCCGAGCGGAAGGAAUUCCUGGAUGACCUCUUCAUCUUCAUGCAGAAGAGAGGAUCCCCCGAGGAUAUUUCAGUUGUGAGGGAAUUCUGGGCGAGUUACAGGCAAUAUUUAAGUUAUGAGGGAGCUGUUGAUGAUCCUUUGAGGACGUUUCAGUUCCAGCACCUCUCUGUCCCCAUCCCCAGGUACAUGAAGUACCUCUACGCCUACGAGUGCGAGAAGAAGUCUCUGAGCUCCCCGGCCGAGCUGCAGGCGGCCAUCGACGGCAACCGGCGUGAGGGCCGCCGGCCCAGCUACAGCUCCUCCAUGUUCAGCUUCUCCCCCUCCACACCUGGGCCUCCUUCCCUGCUGUCCCCUCCCAAAAUCCGCUUCCCCAUCAUCGGCGUGGCGCCGGGCAGCGGGACCAGCAGCCCCCGGGUGUCGCCGGCCGUCAGGAAAGGUCAGCGAGGGGGUGGGGUUUCCAUGUUGGGAUCCCCCCCCCCCCCCCCCCCCCCCCCGGUGGCCCUGGCCGGCCAGCAGGGCGCGGUGGCGGCCAGGACGGCCACGCUGGAGCAGCUGCGGGAGCGGCUGGAGGCGGGGGAGCCCCCGGAGAAGAAGGCGACGCGCAUGACGGAGGAGGAGCAGCGGCUGGUGCAGCAGGCGCUGCAGCGCAACCUGCUCAGCGUGGCCCGCCAGAUCCCCAUGAAGAUCAAAAUCAACGGCAAGGACAAGGGAGACUCGGCAGCGGCGCUGAACCUGACCCCGAACGGCAUCGGCAGCAUCAACAUGUCUGUGGAGAUCAAUGGCACCACCUAUGCUGGGGUGCUGUUUGCCCAGAAGCCCGUGGUGCAGCUCCUGGCCGGCUCGGGCACGCAGAGCUCGUGCAGCAGCAGCAGCUCCAGCAGCAGCUCCAGCAGCAGCUCCAGCAGCUCCCACUGCUCCCCCAGCCCUACCUCAUCGAGGGGCACAGAGCCCUCCACCAGCUGGUCCCUCUGACGGGAGUGCACACAUACCUCAUCUCAAGGAACCUGCUCUCGUGGCUGGCCAGCAGCAGCAGGAGGAGGAGGAUGAUGGUGGUGGUGGUGGUGGUGAAACCUUUCUAUGCCAGCGAGUUUUCCUUCAUCAUCUUUGUCCAGCCUGGUUUUGCUUUGUUGCCCCCUUUUCCUUCCUCCCUUGUGCUCUUUGUUUCCUCCUCCUCCUCCUCCUCCGGGUGUGUGGUGUUCCCGCGGAGGGGGGGCACACCCGGCGUUUCUCAAUCAGGGAUGGGCUCCAGGGCGUGGCCAGGACGUCACCAGGGCAGGGACCGGGCCGGGGCUGGGGCUGGGGCUGGGGAUCCUGGUCCUGCUGGAACCGGGGGCCACCAGGGCUCUUCCCAGCCACAGCUCCUGUUUUGACAAUCCUGAGAGCCCGGGGGGUGCCUGGCCCCGUGGCAAUAUUCUCCUGUUCCUUCCCGCUGUGUCCCCACGUGACGGUUUUGGCACCAUCAGCUGCUGGGUCCUGGCUGGUGCCACCUCACCCCUCGAGUCCUGAGCGUCCCUGUGUCCCCUGUCCCCGUGGCCUUUCAGGUCCCCCUGCCCUGCUGACGUCCCUCCCAUCCCUCCUGCCCUGCUGACGUCCUUCCCGUGCUCCGGGCCCAAGUCAGGUUUUUUUGAGCAGACGAAAUACCUCAGAUAUGUAACUUGUUGGGUUGGUUUUGUUUGUGUUGGGUUGGUUUUUGUUUUUUAACCUCUUCAGGAAGUAUUGGCAUAUCCUAUCGCUUGGGGGUUUUCAUAGGUGGGUUUGCUGACUUUGUGUUUGCUUCUGUUUGUGUUCGCUUUUCAACGCAUCACCAAAGACAGGGAGUUCCAACAAGGCUGAGCAGAGGAGCAGUGGCUUCCCCACCCUCCAGGAGCAGAACCCCAGCAUCAUCCCAGGACGUGUGCACGGGAAAACGGGCCGGGAGCGAUCCUGCGUGUUUCGUGCCGGCUUUCCCGCGGUCCCGGGGCUCUGUGGGAUCAGGAGCAGGGAACGCACAUGUCCCGAGGGCGAUGCUGCUCCCGCGUCCCCGCCCGCUGCUGUCGGGGGCAGCGCUGCCCGCCCUCCCUCCCUCCCUCCCUGUGGGCGGGGAAGCCGGGCUCACCCCGUGCCGUUUCACCCUCGCACACACUCCCAGAGGAUUUUCUGGGACUCAAUCAGAUGAUUUUUUUGUUGUUGUUGUUGUCGUUGCUUUUCUUU